CGUCACCUCAUGCAGGAGGUAAGAGAACGUCCUCGUCCUGUUGGGCCUUAUCCUGCAGGUCCUCGUGGACGCGGAGUUUCCAUCAUGAGCGAAGACCGGGUCUGGAGCCCAGCGCUGCUGGUGAUCCUGCUGAUGCUAGGCAUGGUCCCAUCUGCCACGCUGGCCCAUCGGCCCGCACCAAACACCCCGGUUCCGCUCCAGCAGAGCAGUUCCACUGCCAACUCUGACUACAAUUUGACUGAUAAAUCCUACCAAGGGACUAACAACACCAAUAUAGAGGGAUACAACAGCACCACCCAUCACCAUCAUCAUAACAAAGUUGGCGGGAAUAUAUCCGAGCAGGCACCACUUUUCCCAACGGAUCUCUUCUCGCUUGAGGAACGACGUCAUGGAGCUGUUAUACUCCAUAUCCUUGGCGUUGUCUACAUGUUCGUCGCAUUGGCGAUUGUCUGUGACGAAUUCUUCGUGCCGGCCCUCGAUGUGAUUAUCGAGAAACUUGAGAUCGCCGACGACGUGGCCGGUGCCACAUUCAUGGCAGCAGGGGGUUCCGCCCCUGAGCUAUUUACCUCGAUCAUCGGGGUUUUCGUCUCGUUCGAUGACGUGGGAAUUGGUACCAUUGUGGGCUCUGCUGUCUUCAAUAUUCUUUUUGUCAUCGGCAUGUGUGCUAUUUUCUCGAGGACCGUACUCUCACUCACAUGGUGGCCACUGUUUCGCGACUGCACCUUUUACAGCGUUAGCCUCCUCACCCUGAUUUAUUUCUUUCGCGAUAACUAUAUACAUUGGUAUGAGGCUCUUGUGCUCUUCUGCUUCUACCUUCUUUACGUUACAUUCAUGAAGUGGAACCACCCCAUGGAGAAAUUCGUCAAGAGGAUACUCUAUAGGAACAAGGUCACUAGGGUCAGGUCCACAGACCAGUUGAUGCCCACGCACCAGGGCGCCGCCCAGGCAUUGCAUCCGAAUGCAACAAACAGCAGCGAAACGAGUGUGGGUGGCGUUUCUGGUGCGUGCGGAAGUAGUGGUAUGCCCGCAGCAGCGGAAGCAGGAUGCAGCAGUGGGGCAGGUACCGGGACCAGCAGAGGAGCCAGCAAUAGUGGUCGUGGCGGUGAACAAAGUCGCAGCCACAGUGGUUCUACACACAGCCACGCCAAAUUCAGGCAUGGCUUACUACAACUCAUGAUCCACACAAUCGAUCCUCUCCACGACGGUCAGUCCCCCGCCGGUAAGGUGGACGAAAAAGCGACGCAGUUGCACGCUAUCGCUUCCUUGAAGGUGCUUCUAGAUGCAACAAGACCGCAAAAUGGGGCUGCGACGUCGUCAGCGGCACAUUAUUCGGGCGCGGCAUCGAAAGAGACAACCCUUCAACUUCAGCAGAGUUCACAAGGAACGACUACUACCACGACGACAGCAGGGACCAGUGCUGGUAUUCAAGAACUUCCAAAUGGUGGAAUAGCUUCCGGUAUCGAUGCUGGCCUCGAAUCGGGAGAGGAGGAUGAACCUCCAGAAGCGCUGGAUAUGGGCUGGCCUAGGAGUAAUAAGAAAAGGCUUACAUACGUUCUAGUUGCACCAAUUCUGAUUCCUCUCUGGUUGACGUUACCUGAUACGCGGACGCCUAGAGGCAAAAAAUUUUUCGCGGUAACUUUCAUCGGCUCCAUCGUCUGGAUAGCAGCAUACUCGUACCUGAUGGUUUGGUGGGCGAACAUCGCCGGCGAAACCGUUCAAAUCCCACCGGAAGUGAUGGGUCUCACGUUCCUCGCUGCUGGAACCAGCAUCCCCGACCUCAUUACCAGUGUUAUUGUGGCACGGAAGGGUUUCGGCGACAUGGCUGUAUCGAGUUCCGUGGGUAGCAACAUUUUCGACGUAACUGUUGGGCUUCCGAUUCCAUGGCUCCUCUAUGGCAUAAUCUACGGGAAGCCUGUGGAGGUGAACUCAGUGGGAAUGGUCUGCAGUAUAGCCAUCCUAUUCUGUAUGCUUCUAUUCGUAAUCAUGAGCAUCGCCUGCUUCAAGUGGCGAAUGAACAAAGGUCUCGGCUUCACCAUGUUCCUCCUCUACUUCGUCUUCGUCGCCGUCUCACUCAUGUUCGAGUACGAGGUAGUCAGGUGUCCCGCCUAGGAGGAUUCCAGUGACAACCUGGCACAAGACCUAGUUUGGUUUCCCUACUUAAACUACGUUCUUCAAACAGUGUACAUAUGUAUAAACCUUGAAAUACCUGAGCGAAAUAAUACUCGACUUUAAGAAGCGGUUCUAUUAUAUCUAGACGCAGACAGUGCAGUGAGAGUAUGAGAGAAUUUUCGCAGUAGUUCUAGUGUGUGAGAGAGAAAAAGAAAAUUCGAGUGAGAGGGAAACAGUAAUUAAAAGAUAGAAGCACUAAUUCGCAAUCUGAAGAAAACUAGAGAGCACAACCUCUCAAGGCUCUCCCUCUGAAUAAAAACAGAAUACACUUUUACAAAUUAAAUUUGAUAUCUCUUUAAUGAGAAAGGGUGGAACCCUCUCUUCUAGAAUCAGAUUUUACGACUCGAUACAUUCUAAAUGAAAUUCUAACUUGUUGAUUUUAUAUUCCACAAUUUCUUCAACUCUGAUAUUACAUAAAUUAAUCUUGAAUCGCAAUUGGGAAUUUUUGUAGGCUAGGUUUGAAAAUUGCUGACGAGUACGUAUCCAGGAUAUGGACUUUUUUAGGGAAGUGUUAAAGUUUUGCUACUGUACAAUAUAGUUAGUUGAUGUUAUACAUUCUAUUUCGUCGUUUCCAUUGCAAGUCAGCAGUAAUGAACAAUUCAAAGUCUACAGAGAUUUUCAAUAGACUAUUUAAUUAAGCAUUUUGACAUAUCAGUUUAUAUAUAAUCUUUAUCAGUUUUCUUCUUGAUGCGAAGUGGCUGCAGUCAUCGCUACUUUCCAUGCAGCUUCGGCCUUUAACUCUUAAUAACUUUUACAUCUGAGUUGGUAAAGAUUCGGAUAUCUUUCAGCAAUCGGAAUUACGCACUGUUAUCUGUACCUCGCUCCUAUUGUAGGUACAUCAGAAAAGUAAAAAAAAAUAACGCAUGCAACUGCCAGUUGUCUGAAAGCUCGUCCUUAGAGUUUGCGAUCGAAACGGAUGUGUAUCAAAUGUAGUCUUUUAAUAUUCACAGAUGAGCUGAAGGUUUAGAGAUCGUAUCAUAGUCAUAUUGAAUUCGGAUUCGUAUCUUUACUUGACAUUAUCAUUAGAACCGGAUACACAAUACAUAAAAGUGAAAGGAUACAUUUGAGAAUUCAUUUCACGAAAAGUCUCGUGUAUCCCUUUUGAACGUGUUUCGGUUUCAAGCUCAGAAAUUAUUACUCGAGGAUGAUGCUCUGAAGUGUGACAAGACUAAAGAUAUGAUUCGUUUAUCGAAAGCUUGAUGCUACCUGAUUGUACCAUGUCCAGGCUUAAAUCGUGAGAAAUCGAAAAUUGGAAGCGAUGAUUCUUCAUUUGUGAAAUACAAAAGACGUAUUAUGCAAAAA